ACUGACUCCAGCUCCGAACACAGGCGCCCUGAAGCAGCCGAUUUCUGGAGUGUCUGAGUCUGUGUCUGAAAACACAGGGCGAUGGGGUUUGCUCCUUAUCUCUGUGUCCUUCUGCUCUGUCUGACAGGUGUCUGGUCCGCUGUCGUGCUGACCCAGCCCAAAUCAGAUGUGAAAAAGCUGGGGGAUUCUGUCAGCCUGUCCUGUACAGUGAGUGGGUACAAUAUCAACAGCUACUACAUGAGCUGGGUGAAACAGGUCCCCGGAAAAGGGCUGGAAUGGUUACUUGCUUACAGGCAAGGAGAUAGCACUUACUACGCGCCUGGAGUUCAGGGUCGAAUCACGUUUUCAACUCAAUCUUCCACAACCUCCAUUGAGAUUCCUAAUCUGAGAGCGGACGACACUGCCAUCUAUUACUGUGCGAGGGACACACACAGUGACUAUCUUGAUUACUGGGGGAGUGGAACCUUCCUGGAAGUGACUUCAGUGGCCCAGUCUGCACCAUCGGUCUACAUCACCAACCCUUCCUGUGGCAUGGACAGGGACCAAGAUGAGAUCAGCUUUUUCUGCCUGGUCAAGGACUUUCAUCCUAAGAGCAUCACUCAGAUAUGGUCCAGUAACAAUGGGGUCAUUACCACUGGAAUUCAGACGUAUGCGGCAGUCCAGGGGAAUGAUAAGAAUUACAUGAUGAGCAGCGUGCUCAAAGUCUCUGCAUCGGAUUGGAAUGCCAAUACAGUCUACCACUGUAAGGCGGGUUACAAGUCAAGUGAAAUGGUGGAGCGUCAGAUCACGAAACCUAAAGUGCCGAUUGUCACCACCCUUGUUCCAUCCGCGGAGUCUGUCUACAAUCAAACUACCACUGUCCUGGGCUGUAUGAUAUCCGGAUUUGAUCCCGACAGCAUAAAGGUUUCCUGGAAGAAAGGCCAGGAGGACAAAAUGGGUGUUGUUCUGCCUUCCCAACAGAGCACAGACACUACAUUCGAAAGAGUCACUUACCUGACUGUUCCUGUGGCGGAAUGGAAGAAAGGGGUUGAGUACACCUGUGAAGUGUCCCACACACCUUCAAGAUUCAAUAAGAGGAUCAGCAUGAGAUACACGAGAAAUGAAGGGGAAAUAUCUGUCUUUAUCCAAAGUCCACUUAUGGAAGAGGUUUGGAUCAACAAGACAGCUACCCUGGUGUGUACAGUGGUCUGUUCCAAUCCGAGCCAAGUCCGCAUCACCUGGAACAUGAACGGGCAGGAACGAAGUAAAGGGGUUUCAACCCAGCAACAGAGAGAGGAAGGAACCCAAUACAUCGUCACCAGCCGACUCCGAACCACUGCGGAGGAAUGGGACAGCGGGGUGGAGUUCGUGUGCUCUGCUCAAAGUGGUUCCUCAUCCUCACCCAUUUCAAAACGGGUAAAGAGUGUAAAAGUCGAGCCAAAAAGUCCCAAGGUCAGGCUGCUGCUUCCCCCAGCCCAAGAGAUCAAGAAUCAGAGCACAGCCACACUCGAGUGUGUGAUCACUGGAUUCUACCCGGAGCUCUUACACGUCUCCUGGCAGAAAGAUGGUGCUCCGAUCUCCAACAACACCCACGCUGGACUCACCGCUCUGGAACAGGCAGGGACUUUCAAUGUCAGGCACUACCUGACUGUGAGUGCAGAGGAGUGGAGGACAGGAUCAGCCUUCAGCUGUACAGUGUCUCAUCCACUUUCCAACUUCGUCAUCAGCAAGGAGGUGAAGAAUGUCCCAGAAAUGUCAGUUUUUAUCCAAAAUCCUUCUGUUGAAGAGGUUUGGAUCAACAAGACAGCUACCCUGGUGUGUGCAGUGGUCUGUUCAGAUCCGAGCCAAGUCCGCAUCACAUGGAACAUGAACGGGCAGGAGCGAAGUAAAGGGGUUUCAACCCAGCGACAGAGAGAGGAAGGAACCCAACACAUCGUCACCAGCCGACUCCGAACCACUGCGGAGGAAUGGGACAGCGGGGUGGAGUUCGUGUGCUCUGCGCAAAGUGGUUCCUCAUCCUCACCCAUUUCAAAACGGGCAAAGAGUGUAAAAGUUGAGCCAAAAAGUCCCAAGGUCAGAUUGCUGUUUCAACCAACUGAAGAGAUCAAGGGUAAGAGCACAGCCACACUCGAGUGUGUGAUCACUGGAUUCUACCCGGACCUCAUAAAUGUCACCUGGGAGAAAGAUGGUGCUCUGAUCUCCUCCAAGGCCCACGCUGGACUCACUGCUCUGGAACAGGCCGGGACAUUCUGCGUCAGGCACUACCUGACUGUGAGUGCAGAGGAUUGGAGGAAAGGCUCAAUCUUCACCUGUGCAGUGUCUCAUCCACCCUCCAACUUCAACACCAGUGAGACGGUGAAGAAUUUCCAAGAUGAAUGUUUGGACACUGGGAUCUCAGUCACCUUAAGGAAGCCUCCUUUUGAAGAGAUCUGGAGGAACAGGACAGCGACAAUACUUUGCGAGGUACUUCACAGUGAUUUAGAGGGAGUCAGGGUAACCUGGCAGGCGGAUGGAAUCAAGAGAGAAGAUGGAGUGAAGACUCAGGGUCCCAAGAGGAAUGGAGACAAAGACAUGAUCUUCAGCAGACUGACGGUCCCUGCUGCAGAGUGGGAGAGUGGGGUAGAGUAUUUGUGUUUGGUGGAGGACAAGAGUUUGCCAACGCCUGAGAAAAGGUCAAUCAGGAAAGCCCAAGUUGACAUUAAGACUCACCCUCAAGUCUACCUCCUUCCCCCUUCGCAAGAGGAGAUGGAGAAAGACCACACCGCGACCCUGGUUUGCCUGGUCACUGGAUUCUCCCCUGCAGAGAUCUACCUGGCCUGGAAGGCCAAUGACACCCUUCUGAAGUCAGGAUUUGUGAACCAGCCGGUGACCGAGGAUGGCAGAAGCGGCUGGAACUCAGGCAGUCGGUUGACAGUCUCUGCAGACGAGUGGAACAGCGGCACCACUUACUCCUGUGUGGUGGGACACGAGUCAGUCACAACAAACCUGUUCAGGAGCAUCAAUAAAUCUCACAGCAAACCCACCCUGGUCAAUGUGUCACUUGUUCUAACUGAUGGCUUCAAAUCCUGUUCAUAGCAUCUAACGAUUCAAAUCACCCAUUUACAUAAUCCCUGUAAAUGGUUGGUUAAGACAACCAAAGCAUUGUCCUGGUUGCUAUGAAAUCUCGCUUUUUGUCGCAGAUCACUAGAAAAUGUGAACAAAAUCUGACCUUGUUCAAUACCUGAGGAAGAAAUUAUUUAAAUUCAACCAUCUGAUCCUACAACAAACAUCGUUCUCUCCAAAUGUCUGAAGUCCUCAGUUUGUUUUCAAAUGUUUUUUGUGCUGCAUUUGAUCAA